CCGAUACCCAAGCCAACUUGCAGCAAGAAGAUGGCAGAAUCAACUACUCUCUAUAACGGAGCUAUUGGAAUCGACCUUGGCACGACUUACUCCUGUGUGGGUGUAUGGCAAGAUGAUUCUCCCAAUGUCGAGAUUAUCAGCAACGACCAGGGUGCCCGUACAACCCCUUCAUACGUCGCUUUUACAGAUGAAGAGCGUCUCGUUGGAGACUCGGCCAAGAACCAGGCCGCUAUGAACCCUCGCAACACCGUAUUCGACGCAAAGCGCCUUAUUGGCCGUCGUUACGAUGACGCAGAGGUCAAGGCAGACAAGAAGGUCUGGCCUUUCAAUGUCGUGGAUGCCGAUGGUCAGCCUCAAAUUGAGGUCGAGUACCUCGGUGAGAAGAAGCAAUUCACACCUCAGGAGAUCUCUGCCAUGGUCCUCGUCAAGAUGAAGGAGAUUGCAGAGACCAAGCUCAACAAGAAGGUUGAGAAGGCCGUUAUUACUGUGCCUGCCUACUUUUCCGACUCUCAGCGUACCGCCACCAAGGAUGCCGGUGCCAUUGCCGGACUCAACGUCCUCCGUAUCAUCAACGAGCCAACUGCCGCCGCCAUUGCUUACGGUCUCGACCAGCGUUCAGAGAAGGAGAAGAAUGUUCUCAUUUUCGACCUCGGAGGUGGUACUUUCGAUGUGUCCAUCCUGACCAUCCAGGGUGGUGUCUUCCAGGUUAAGGCCACUGCCGGAGACACUCAUCUCGGUGGUGAGGACUUUGACAACACCUUGCUCGAGCACUUCAAGGCUGAAUUCCUCCGCAAGUCCAAGCACGACAUUUCCGACGACCCACGUGCACUUCGUCGUCUCAGGUCUGCUUGCGAGCGUGCCAAGCGUACUCUCUCGUCUGUGACACAGACCACUGUUGAGAUUGACUCGCUCUUCCAGGGAACCGACUUUUCCGCCAACAUUACUCGUGCUCGUUUCGAGGACUUGAACGCUGCUACCUUCAAGUCGACCAUUGACCCUGUUGAGAAGGUUCUCCGGGACUCCAAGAUUGACAAGUCCAAGGUGGACGAUAUUGUCCUCGUGGGUGGAUCUACCCGUAUCCCCAAAAUCCAGAAGCUCGUGUCUGACUUUUUCGGCAAGGAGUGCAACAAGUCCAUCAACCCCGAUGAGGCUGUUGCUUACGGUGCUGCCGUCCAGGCCGCAGUUUUGACCAACAAGGCCAACUCUGAAAAGACUUCCGACUUGCUCUUGCUCGAUGUUGUUCCUCUUUCGCUCGGUGUUGCUAUGGAGGGCAACAUCUUUGGUGUUGUUGUGCCCCGCAACACCCCUAUUCCUUGCAUCAAGAAGCGUACCUUCACCACCGUUGAGGAUGGCCAGACCCAAGUCACUUUCCCAGUGUACCAGGGUGAGCGUGUCGACUGCAAGGAGAAUGAGUCCUUGGGUGAGUUUGAGCUCAAGGGUAUCCCACCCAUGCCCAAGAACCAGGCCGAACUCGAGGCUACCUUCGAGUUGGAUGCUAACGGUCUCUUGACCGUCACUGCCAAGGAAAAGACCACCGGCCGUACCGCCCAAAUUGCCAUCUCCAACUCUGUGGGUCGUCUCUCGUCCACUGAGAUUGAAAACAUGAUCAAGAACGCCAAGGAGUUUGAGAAGGCCGACAAGGACUUUUCCGCACGGCUGCAAGCUAAGCAGAACCUCGAGGCUUACGUGUCAUCCAUCGAGGGUAACAUUUCCGAGCCAACCAUGAUGGCCAAGCUCAAGCGUGGUGACAAGGGCAAGAUUGAGAAUGCUCUUGCUGCAGCCAUGGAGGCUCUUGAGGUGCAAGACGCAUCGACCGAGUCGCUCCGUUCUGCUGAGCUCAAGCUCAAGAGGACUGUGACCAAGGCUUUCAGCAACCUUAGGUAAAAAGUUAGUGGCUAUAGACGCACGGUCCCGAUAGUGUGAUUCAUACAUUCUAUUUAGCGUCAAGAUUUGCAUGAAGGACUCCAUUGAUCUAUUAGGCUACAUAAGACUCUUCCGCU